AAUUCAGGAUGGGGAAAACCCACAUCCAUAUUAUACUAAUUGCUGAAAAUCGUUCAAUCAACUGAGGCAUGUGCUACGAAAUCUUAUUUUACGGUGCGGACGGUGUGCACGGACGCAUGUUUGCUCAGCCCCCGCUCAGUCACGAUCACACGCUAGUUCGAACGAUCAUAGAUUUUUUAGCAAAAGAAAACAUUAGUAUCUAAUCGGAUAAAUAAUGGAGAAGGUAGAUUUUUCAAAGAACGCUAAAGAAAUAAACGAUCUCUAUACAAAAGUUGUUCGUGGUGAUGCGCAAACUUCAUUUGCCGUAUUUACCGUGAACAAGAAUAACGUUCUUGAUGCAACCGCAUCUGGCACAGGUGAUUUAUAUGAAUUUGUCGAAGCGUUCAGUGAUGGAAUCGUUCAGUUUGGUUUGGCUCGUGUUACUGUGCCUGGCUCGGAUGUUUCUAAGAAUGUUCUUUUGGGAUGGUGUCCUGAUAAUGCCCCAGUGAAGUUACGUUUGUCUUUUGCACCAACUUUCGUCGAGGUUGCAAGAAUCUUUGCUGGAUAUCACAUCCAAAUUACUGCAAGAGACCCUGAUGACUUGGAUGUUGAUGAAAUAAUCUCCAAGGUUAGUGCAGCGGCGGGUGCAAGAUACACGUAUCAUGCCAAUGGCCAGAAAGGUGCUACCAUGACGAAGCCAGUUCAGCCAAAGUCUUUGCCUGUAAACAUGGUUUCUGAACAAAAUCCUGUCCCAAAUAAGGACAGCUUGAGAAAACCCAAGCCCAUGAAUUCAUUCAAGGUAUCACCUACUCCGGUAAGCGCAUCUGCAGACGAUGGUUGGGGUGAUGAGGAGGCAAUCGAAGAGAGAGAUUUUAAUGCACAGCCGUUGGAAAACGUUCCAUCUGCUUAUGUCCCGACAAAGGUCAAUAUUAAAGAAUUAAGAAAUCAAAAGUCGGAUACCAUAUCAUCUCAUAAAGAUACUGACAAAAUUGCUGAGAAGUAUACUCACAGUGACAAUCAUGAAAGGAUCAAGCUGUUACACAACGAUAAGAAGCUCGAGCAAUUAAAUAAAGAUGAGAGAUUAACUGCUUUACCGAAGCCGAAGAUCAGCAACUCUGUUUCAGCGCGUUACCUGACCCCUCGUGCUGAAUCUAUUCUGCCUGCAAAACCAUCUUUUGGUUCCAGACCUAUCGCCUCUGCUCAGCCAAGUAACAAAUCUCUGCCUGAAGGUUUGUUUCAAAAUCAUGCCAAUGAAAAUGGCCUCACACCUGCUCAAGCGUGGGCGCAAAAGAGGGGUAAAUACUCUGUUGAACCCAAGAAUGAUGACGACGAGCCUCAAAAUGACUUGUCAAACCUCUCAAUAAAUGAGAAAAAUGGAGAGUGGACUGAAGAAGCGCUGACCAUUCCCAAAGAGAUACCAGCAAUCUUUAAGCGUGUUCCAGAUGAGCCUUCGCAUUUUGUUGAGGAUACUAUUUCCCCCCAGGACACUUUUGAAGAAGUUGAAGAACCCUCAAAUAUGGUCCUGAAUGACAAUGAAAAUAAUGAUGAAAAUAUUGCUCUGGAUGAUGAUAAAGUGCACGAACAAAUUCAAAACGAAACUGCUGGCGUGGCACAAGGUCAUUUUGAAGCAAAAAAUUCCAAGCUGGCUGAAAGUCGGGUCAUUAGUGCUGUAGCCCAGUACGACUAUGAUAAAGAUGAGGAUAAUGAAGUAUCCUUCAAAGAAGGUGAUGCCAUUAUCGAAAUCGAGUUUGUUGAUGAAGAAUGGUGGUCAGGAAAAAACUCUAGAACGGGUGAAAACGGUGUAUUUCCAGGCUCUUAUGUGACUCUUGAUGAUUCUUCAUUGCCCAAGGACGAUGACGAGACUGUGCCUGAUAAUUCACUGAAAAUUGAACCCGAACGAAUCACCAAAUCGAAUGGAAGAUCUGCGAUAGCCGAGUAUGACUACGAAAAGGAGGAGGACAAUGAAAUUGGCUUUCGCGAAGGUGAUCUUAUUGUUGACAUUGAAUUUGUAGAUGAAGACUGGUGGUCCGGAAAGCAUUCUGUAUCUGGAGAAGUUGGCGUCUUUCCUGGUAAUUUUGUUUCAUUACAAUGAAAGUCUAGUAUACUAAUUUCAUCUCACCUUCCAUCGAUAAAAUGCCUCGAAUUUAAAUUUUCGAAUGAGUGAAAAUACACUUUUUCUCAUUUAUUUUUUAUUAGAUUCUUCUGAAGAAAUUUCGACGAAUAAGAAAAUUUAGCUGUUGAUGGGCUUCUUUGGUAAAGCGCCCAGUUUCUCUUGUCCUUUAUCUUCUUUCUUGAUGUUAUUUAAUUUUGCUGGUGCUUUUUUUGAUGUAUUUCAAACGAAUAUAAGAAUCCAUUGGGUGUCCAAUCAACAUUGCAACAAAUGUGCUUAUGGCAAGUCAAUACGUUAUUUGAUAGUUAACCCCGGUAUAUAGAAAUUA